GAGUUAAAAGCCGAGAUAGAGAGACUAAAACUCAGUGAGGGAAACCAAGAGAUAAGUGCUAGAGCCUUGGCAGAAGUUGCUCUCUUGAGAGAAAAACUUAAAGAAACCCAGCGUAUGCUGGCCGAAUCAACUCGGUAAGUGCUGUAUGAAACCCAACCACAUAAUCACUGGCAAGUCUCUGCGCUGUAAAAUAGACACCAAUAGACAAGCUAACUAAAGCAACAGUGUAUAACUUUCCUUUUUCGUUAGAAACUGGCAAGAAAAACUUGCUUUAACAGAGAAGAGGAAAUCGGAAGAGGCAGAAAAACUCAAGGUAAUGGAAAAUACAAAAAACGUGUGCUAG